AUGUCUGCCUCACGCGGUGCUCACGCUUCAGCCCCUCCGCCCACCGAAGAGCGUCAUCACAGCGACGAUUCUCACAACGCAUCGCUCAGCACCACUCCCAAGCAGAGUCACAUGCUCACGUCCAAUCCUUCCUCCGCCUCGAAACCUGACCCAACUACAGCCUCGCUUCGACCCAGCAACAACAGCCUUCGUCCUGCCAUCAUCCCUCACGAUACCCCUAGCGCUCCAACCCAACGUCAACAGCAGUCUUCCCUCUCGUCCUAUUCCACCGCCUCUGACAAACGCACUGCGUCCUACGAUGACGUCAACCCCUCGAACAUCGCUCGCGCUCAGCCUAGUUCGCUGCUCCCAACACCACAGACGCGUCCUUCCCUGCCGAGGCAAGCUUCUCACACCCAGCGUUCCGUCUCUUACGCGACCUCGGAUCUCGAAACCGUCUCAGCCUUGUCGGCUUCCGAAUACAGCUCAGCUGGCGAAGACGAUGCUGACCAAUGGCAACGUAGCCAACUCCGAGGUCGUCCCAUCGAUAACGCCUUUCGUCAAGCUACCACCAUCGGCCGCUCCGGCUUGCUGGUUGAACCUUCCCGUUCAGCUAGCGCCAUGACCUCGGCCAGCGCCAACAAACCGCGUCGUCCCUCUGCUCACAACAGAGACUCGAGCAAACCUCGCAGACACAGCAAGGCCUACCGCGCCAAUGAUGACUACCUCAGCCCCGCAGACGAUGACCGCUACGGACCCUUGGACGAUCAAGACGACGAAGUCGAACCCCAUGACCGAGGCGAGGAGCUCGUUCGUCGUCGAAUGAAGGCUCGUCAGCGCGAAAAAGCCUUGCGUAAGAAGGCCGAAAAGGAGCGUUCUCGUCAGUCAAUCGCCGCCUGUGCCCCUACCACCAACAACGCUCAGAGCAGCAACGCUCCCCUUCCUUCUCCAAGCCCCAAGCCUACCUCGACCCUCCUCGGUCAGCGCUCCACUUCGCCUUCGCCCAGACCCGAUCGAUCAGCACGUCCCACCACGAUCAUGCUGCCUCCUCCUGCAUUCGGCAACCAACAGCCAGCCUCGCUUUCUCCCUCCUCGGUCCCUCCGUUUCCAAGCCCUGGCGCGCCUUCGAGUAGGCUCUCGUCCGCAGCCGCUUAUCCUUCUCCACACGCUCACAUCCGUCGUCCCAGUUCCACCAACGCUCAGAAUCGCUUUAGCGCUAUCAGUCAUGCUCAGCAGAGCGCCGUCGGCCCUAGGAGCGCGUUCCAACCUCCUCAAUCCGCUUCCAACACUCACGACUUUUUCGCUGCCGCCGGCCCUGCUUUCAGCACCGGCCGUGCCGCUACCGAUGCAAGCUCCAGCAUGACUGGCAGCGUUCGCGCCGAUGAUGACCACGACGAGGACCGCGACACCAUCGCCAGUCUUGCCAAUCGUCGUCAUCGCGACGAUGCCGACAACCCCACCGGCGAGGCUGCCCAACUCGACGACGACGACAACGUCGACGACAUGGAUGCCGAUUACAACGACGACGGGCAAGCCGCCAAUGGUGGCGAAGACGACGACGAAGAUGAUGAUGAUGACGACGACGAUGACGACGACCAGGACGUCGAGUACACGCUCAAAGAUCGUCAGGACGCCAUCAACAUUGAACAUCCCUUUGGUCUGCCCAUCUGGAAACCUGCGCUUUACAAAAAGUCGCGUUCCGUUACACGCAAUGCCGAGAUUGCCCUGCACUCGAUUCCCAGCGCUGCCGCAGAGCGCCAUCUCCUACCUGGCAACAUUCUCUGGACCAUCUUUUUCGGUUCUUGGCUCUCGCUCAUCUGCUACAUUUUUUCCAUCUUGAUCAAUGUUGUGCCCUUGGGCGGCUCCAGAUAUGCGCGAGUCGUGUGGGAGCUCGGUGGAUACCUCUUCUGGCCAUUUGGCAAGUAUGUCGAAGUCGAGGUCUCACCCGAUAGCGCUGACCGGUUUUCCGGUGCUACUCACAACGCGGCGGACGCCGAGACCCAGUGGGUUGAGAACUCGUUUACGCCCGUCGCAGCUCGUUUCCCUCAUGAUCAUGCUCAUGUUGUUCCCUUCAACUCGCGUCCCGAAUCGCUUCUCUCGACGCCUCGAGACAAGCUCGGAAAUAGUCAGCACGACACGAUUCGUGCAGACGACAGCACACGCCAGGCUGCCGAUGCUGGCUCCUCGAGCGGUUCCGAGGCGCGCAGAUCUACUCCGCGUGCCUCUGAGCACGCCGAGUCCAGCCGCACCUCGCAGCAGGAGCAGGAGGAGACCAGCUCGCUCAAAGGCAAGGCCAAGGCGAGCGAUUACGGCUCUAUCUACGACUCGCAGGCGGGACAACAGCUCACCGAUCUCGAACGCAUCGAGGCCGAGCAGCGCGUCUAUGGCUACGUCGACGACCAGAACGGCAUCGAUGUCGGCGCUUCCCAGCGUCUCGGUGGACGAGUGGCGUUUGCCAUCUUUUACGGUAUGUUCCUGUUCCCGUUCAUGGGUCUCGUCUGCCUUGCAUGCUGGGGUAUGGUGUUUCCCAUCCCUAUGGCCAAGCUCACCUGGGUCUUGCUCAAGAACCUCGCUACUCGGCCCUUGGCUCUGCACUUUCGUUCGGCUCCAGGCAUGGAAAAGCAGCACCACCGCCACCACCAACACGGCGAGAUCGACGAGAUUGCUGGUGCUGCCAAAAAGUUUUUCCUGCCUCUCAAGCCUGGUGAGCCCGCGCCGCGUCCCAAAUCCAUCAACGCAGGCAAACUGACGCUCCAACGACGCAGCAACAUCUUGCUCUGCACCUACCGUGCCGUUGGCGGCCAGUACUACAAAUACACGGUCGGCGGUGUCAACAUCUUGUUUGUCAACACGCUUCCUUUGGUAUUUUUCACCAUCAUCGACUUUUUCAUCAUCGAACGCUAUGUUGAACACCACGCUAUCACACACGGCUUUUUGGCCUUCAUCUCGGGUCAAGGCGUCAUCUUUAUGCUUGCGCUCGGCAGUGUCAUUCCGCUGUCGUACUUCAUUGGCAUGGCCGUGGCGAGCAUCAGUGCUCAGAGCAGUAUCGGCAUGGGCGCCGUUAUCAACGCUACAUUCGGUUCCAUCAUCGAAAUCAUCCUGUAUGCCAUCGCACUGACGCAGGAGAAGGCGAGGCUGGUCGAAGGUUCGCUCAUCGGCUCCAUUCUGGCCGGUGUGCUGCUCAUGCCUGGUCUCUCCAUGUGCUCGGGUGCCACUAGGAGGAAGGAACAGCGCUUCAACGCCAGGUCUGCCGGUGUAACGAGCACCAUGCUGAUCAUGGCCAUCAUUGGUAUCUUGACGCCGACGCUCUUUUACCAGAUCUACGGUACCUUCCAGCUCACCUGCGAGGGCUGUCCGGCUGGCAGCGUCCCUGGAGAGAGUUGGAGCUGCCGUCGAUGCUUCUACGAGCAUGUACCCCCGGCUACCGAUCCUUUCUUCCAGAACAACGUCCGUGGUCUCAUGUAUACGUGCACUGUCAUCUUGGUGCUAUCGUACGGAGUCGGCUUGUGGUUCUCGUUGCGUACGCAUGCCUCACAGAUCUGGCAGAACCCUCAGCCGGUGCAUCCCGGUCAGAAUAUGGUGGCGAACCAAGCGACGCUGGCCCACCUGCCAUCGGCGCAACGUGCCUCGAUCUACAAGAGGCUCGUACCGGCAGCAGUGAUGCAGCAGCUGUUGCCGACAACGCAUCCUGCCGGUGGUGCCGCUGCCGAACGUGGCGGUGGUGCUGUGCAUGGACACUCGUCGGCAAUCAGUGCGGCGGGGUCGGCUCCUGGUACUGUCAAGGGGCCUUCGUUUGGGCAUGCGCGUCAGGGUACGGAUGCUACGCAGGACGGUCCGCGACCGUUGCAGCUGCCAGAACACUUCAGCCAGGAGGAAUACGAUCGCGCUGUGGCGCUUACUACCUCUGCGUUCCACAAUGUACUACAGCAGCAACAGCGACGGUACGAUCAGCAGGCGGCCAACACGGCUGGUGGCGAACGCGAUCAUCUUCGUCACCACCAGGCGCAGGCGCAGGUGCAGCACGGCAAACAUGUAUCCAUGCACGAGGAAGCAGCCGUCAACGAGGAGGACGAAGGUCACGGAGGACACGAUGCACCCUCGUGGUCGAGAGGUACGUCGCUGACGGUGCUGCUGUCGUGCACGGUGCUGUACGCGAUCAUUGCCGAGAUCCUGGUGGAUGUGGUGGAUGUUGUGCUGGAUGGGUCUGGGAUCGACGAAAAGUUUUUGGGAAUCACCUUGUUCGCGCUGGUGCCCAACACGACCGAGUUUAUGAACGCCAUGUCGUUUGCGAUUAACGGCAAUAUUGCGCUGUCGAUGGAGAUCGGAUCUGCAUAUGCGCUUCAGGUGUGUCUGAUCCAGAUCCCGGCAAUGGUGGUGUUUUCGGCGUACUACAACUCGGGUAUCUCGGACGAGCUGAACCUGAUCCAUCGGAGCUUUACGCUCAUCUUUCCACGAUGGGAUGUGAUCGCGAUCAUCUUUUCGGUGUUCCUGCUGACGUAUACGUACAUUGAGAGUCGCUCAAAUUACUACCGCGGAACAAUCUGUAUUUUGAGCUACAUGGUUUUGGUUGCUGGCUUUUACUUUGCGCCGGCAACGGGGGAUGUGGAGGAUCCGGGCGAUGACAAUCGUGGGUUGCGAGCAGGGAUCGAGGUGGGUAAGGCCAUGUUUGCGGUUCACGACGGCAGGUUUGGUGCGCAAGUGGCAGGCUGGACUCGAGCCAGUGCUGCGCUAGCCUUCGGAGGGACCAGAAGCCAUGCCGCGCUAACGAGCGACAUGCUGCCUGACAUUCCGGCAUGGUUGCCACACCUCGAUCUCGCGCAUUGGACAUACGCGCUGUACGCCUCCUUGUGGUCCCGAUAG